CCUCCCGCCUCUCCCUCCCCGCCCGCUGGAGUAGAAGUAGUAGUAGGAGUAAUCCGCUCGCCGCCGCUGCGGUUAUCCGUUCGAGGUUGAUGCGCUGCAAAGUUUCCUCUUCCGGGCUGGCUGGCUGGCUGGGCUGGAGUGACUCACGUAAACUUCGCCGCUCCGCUCCGGCCACCGGCCUUUCCAUCUUUUGCCGCUGCUCCCUUACCUGCCCCGCAACCGCGGGUUGAUUGCCUGCUUUAAUCUCGUGCCUUUCCUCUCUCUCAUUUUCCAGUCGGCCCCGUUCAUUUCUCCUGGAUUUCGCGUACAAAUCGCCCUUCCCUUUUCCAUUCCAAUUAAUACUGCACGAGCCGUGAUGUCGCGUACGGAGUCGACAAGCUGUAUAUAAGCCCUCGCUGUGUUUCUUCCGUCCUUCCUCUAGGUUUCUCCUCCCAUAGCUUCCUGUCCCCAAAAGCUCCUUUUCUCUCGACUCAACUCAACUCGGAGGAGCCUCUGCGCCAGUGCGCCGCGCCCUCGGGCAUAGUGGGCUAAGUAAGAUGGGGCGUGCCAUGCGGUGGCUCAAGAGGCUGCUCACGGGCAGGAAGGAGGCGCACGGAGGCGGCAAGGAGAUCCAUGCCGCGACCGACUGGCAUGACGCGGCGGUGAAGGAGUCCACCAAGAGAUGGAGCUUCAUGAAGCAGAGGAAGAGCGGGGUUGACGCCGGGAAGCGGCCCUCAGAGCCUCUCGCCGCCGCGCUGGAGGUGAAGCCAUGCCGCUGUGCCGGCGGCGAGCAGGCGGGAGCACGCGAGGAGAAGGCGGCCGUCGUGAUUCAGAAAGCCUUCAGAGGCUACCUGGCUAGGAAGGCGCUCCGCGCUCUCAGAUCACUCGUCAAGCUGCAAGCUCUGGUCCGAGGCUACCUCGUGAGGAAGCAGGCGGCCACGACUCUGCACAGGUUGCAGGCGCUCAUGCGGCUGCAGGCCGAUUCCCGCGCAUUCAAGAGCGCCUCCUACCGGAAAUCCAUGGAGCAGGAGAGGAUCGUUGCGCAAGAUGCUCGGAUGAGGACGCCGCCGGCCAAGCCGGGGCACCGCCGGAGGCUGUCCGACAGCACAGACUCCAACUACGAGCGCAGCCCGCGGAUUGUGGAGAUGGACACGUGCCACCUCCGCUCCCGGUCCAGCCGGAUGGUGAGCAGCGGCCGGUACGCCACCGAUCGCUCGUCCGGCCGCCUCGCCCCGGACGUGGCCCUGCCGUUCUCGCCGCGGUCUGUGAAGCAGCCCCCGCGGCUGUGCACCCGGCGUGAGCCCGUCAGGCUCGCCAAGACGGCGCAGAACACGCCCCGCUUCGGCGGGCCCGACGCGCCCUACACGUACGACUCGCCUGCCAAGAGCGUGGACGGGCUGGCGGCGCGGCCGGCCUGGCACCGGGACCUGCUCGCGAGCCCGCGGUACAUGGCGGGCACGGCCUCGUCGGCGGCGAGGCUGCGGUGCCACAGCGCGCCCAGGCAGCCUGAGGAUGCGCCGAGGGCGAGCCUGACCCAGCGGGAUGCUGGGCCGAGGAAGUCGAUGUGCACGCGGACGCAGCAUGGCGGCCUCUGCUUCCACAGCUCGGAUGCCACCCACACGCGCCGCUCCGACCUCAGCCACGACGCGGCAAGAGAUUAUUACUUGGACAGGAUGUGGUGAUCGUCUGAUCUAUGAGAUGGAGGCGGACGGACGGUGGUGUAAGAUACCAGUUGUUGCAAAUUGCUGGAUAGUCUCCGAAUUUUGUACAUGCUUAGUUGUUAAAUUUUCUUUCUUGAUGACAUCUACGAGCUGCUAAAGUGUUACUACAACCACAAUAUUUUGGGACGGAGGGAGUAUGUCUUAGCU